AUGUCCUUCCACCGUGCGUCGGACAUCCUCGGACGACUUGCCCGUCUUCAUGGUCAAGUGAAAGAAUCGCUCGGAGGACGUCCAGAUCAUCCGCAAAGUUCGGGAACAUCCGAACGCUUUGAAUCGGAAGAUGGAGUCCCUGUGUCAAGCAAGAGCGAGAAAUGGAAGAAGUGGAUUCCUGCAGCCCGUCGGCAACCAUCGCCGAGUGAUCACAGAACAGCUCGAAAACUUCGGCCAUGGAAGAAGGCCUACGACGUCGUGGAGGUGGAAGAUGACGACGAAGCCGUUUGGAUGGAGGAUUCCACAGAAGCGACGGCGGAGGUCUGGGAUCAAGAAUUCGCGGACGAACUUGAGCAGCGAGAGGAACAGCGCCAAGAAGAGAUUGACGAAGUCCCGGGUGAGGCUGAAGACCAGCCGUGGGAAGGUGAGGAGUUUCAGGAAGACGAACGGGAACUGGGUGAGGAGGCGGUGGGCGAAGACAGUGAGCCACCUCCUGAAGAGGAAGAGCCGCCUUUGCAAAAGGCCUCGUUUGCACCCCCGUCAAGGACGACCACCAUCCCUCCUGCUAUGCCAAGAAGGGCGCCGCCCACGAGUUCUCCCAAGGAACCUAACGGCUCGGUGGGAGCUUUGGCGGCGUUCCACCUCUUCAAGCGAAGGGCAGCAGACGCUGCCAAGAAAG